CUGGUUAGGAUAGGUUGUGAAUGGGAAUAUGAAUGGUUUUGGAUAAGCGGACACGCAUCCUGUUAAUGUAAAUUGGACCCGAACCAGUUUUGUUUGUGUUGAAUGAUACUUUGUACGAGUAUUACUUUAGGCAUUACAUAAACAAUAUGCGCAAAUAAAAAGUGGAAAUGCGAAGGGCACAAACCAGUUUUGGCGCGUCACAUAAAAAUCCAGUCACUCCCGCCCCAUUUUAAUUUUAUCUGAAACCCUAGUUCCCAAAAUUACACACACACACAUUUCAAAAAUGACAACAAUGGAUUCUCCUUGGCAUGAAGGUGUUGAUGAAGCUCGUAUUCUUAUUACCUCUUCAUCAUCAUCAUCAGAUUCUUGUGACACCGAUGGGGAUGGCGUGGGCCGAUUCCUGCAACUUCGGCAUCCGAAAACCGGAGAUAGCAAAUGCUAUCUAUUGAUCAAUGGAGGUCUUCAAGAAGUUAGCUGGUAUAAACAAUCUUAUGGAUCUUGGUUUAUUGGAGACUAUAUAUGUGAAGAUGGUAGUUUGUAUGCUGCUACUCCAGUUGAUCCGGUGUUCAUUCUAUUGCCAUUGUUCGAUGAAGCACGGAUGAAGAAUGGAGAUGAUCUAGGGAAAUUUAGGCAACUUGACGAGAUCAUUUACCUUCAAGAUUAUCCUGGAUAUCAUCAUUUAGCAACAAUUGCAGAAAAGUCUAUGGAAGUUGUUUGUGAUUGUAAAGAGAUUGGAUCUAUGAAGUUUUUUAGACUCAAUGACUCGAAGGUUUUAGCAUGGAUGUACUGUAAGGUACAACAAGUUAAGCAGUCCCUUCUUAAAGUGGAUAAUAACUAUGCCGCUCGAAGUCAGCAGGAUACCUUGACUGAUGUGGUCAUGAUUUUGGGUGAAUACUUGGCAGAGGAGCCAUGGUUGAAGCUCCUGUGUGACAAUCUUAGGUUGAAUAUAAGUGAGGCAGUUAAGGCACCAGAUACGGAUAUACACAUGUCAGAGGCACCACCUAAUCAUGCUUCAUUUAGUCCGGUGCAGACUGGGAAUGAUAAGAGAGUUACUCGAAAUGGGAAGCAAAACAAGAAGGCAAAAGUGGAGACAAAUUCACAUAACAUUAAAGAUAUGUUUACUAGGGCUUCGAGGAGGUGAAUUCUUGAUAUGAGUUACCAAUGAGCCUUCUAGGAUUUUUGGUCUGUAUAACUCAAUUUUUCUGUAUGUUGUAUGCCUGAUGCUUCUAGCUUAUUAUUUAUUUGUCA